GCAUCCAAAGUGAAUCUAAAUUGCUGACCCCGAUAGAUCUGAGUUAACUUUAAUAUUCUAGAUUGAUUAGGACCAUUUAAGUAUAAAAACAUAGAAGCUGUUAAAGAAAAACCUUUAUUUGCUGAUGGUAAAACUUUAAUUUGUUGACGGUCCCUAACUACGCCCAGAGCGAAUGUCUGUCGAAUAUCCAAUAUCCAACUAACUUUGGGUCACCUCGGUGUUUGGGUCGAGCGUUACAUCUAGUGGCUGAAACGGGCGCGUGCGGCGCAUGCGCUGAAGCACAGAAAGCCAAGUGUUGGUUUGUGUUUCACAACACAAACAACUUUGACCCAAACGGCGUCACCGCUCCGGCUUUGGUGGAUUCUGUCUUUAAUCCAAACCAGGUUAUGGUUUGUGCUUACGUCACAGGGAAGCUGACCAACCAACGGCCGCCGCUCUCCUCCCCCCGGAAGAAGGCGCGGGGCUUCCGCGCAUGCGCCAGAGCAGUCGGAGCGCGGCGGAGGACAGCAGCCGGUGCAGACGCUGUCCGGAUGGUUAAAUCUCACCUCCAGACGAUUUUGAAUAGUCAUUGUUUUGCCAGAGAGAAAGAGAGGAACCCGCGGAACAUGCCUGUCGCCGAGCAGCCCACGAACGACGCCACGAGCGGCAGGUACGAUGACGUCAUCUCCAGCGGCGCCGACUAUUUCCUGGAACGGCCCCGCAGCUCCACCAACGACCAAACCCCGCCUCUCCCGCGCGUUUCUCUCCAAAUGUCAACAUUAACACAACAGAUCAACCUUCAGAGUCCAGCAUUUAGACGAGGAAUGCUUCACAGCUUAAUUUCAUUUCUGCCAGACCGUCCAGAGGCCCCUCCCCCUCUUCUGACUCCUCCUCCUCUCUCGUCCUUAGCUCCUCUGCUGCGAACCUUCAGUUUCCUGGGCUUCGAGAUUGUCAGACCGGGUCAUCCCCUCGUCCCGCCGCGCCCCGACGCUUUCUUCAUGGCUUACAGCAUCGAGCGAGACUCCUCUGAUGACGACUGAAGCCCCGCCCACCGUCCGUGUUCCUUAGUCACAUGACGUGGUUUAGUUUUGAUUCUCGGUGAUGUGCCCCCCCCCCCGAAUGCUAUCAUACCGCAUAUUUAUGAUAGACUGAAAUGUGUCUCAUAAUCAUCAGUGAAUAUCUGGUAAUGUUUUUUAUUCUGCAUGGUUUGGUUCUGGUUCUGGUUCUGGUUCUGUCUGUAGGAGUCUGCAUGUGUACGUGGGCUGAAUAAAGGUGUUCUCCCUGCA